CGCGAGAGCAGAAGAAAAACGCUGCCGUGUAAACCGCGAGCAGGACGGGAAGCGCUUGACAGCGUCUUGGCAGCGGCUUCUUUUUCUUUUAACCUCCUCCGGCUUUUGUUGCAUAAGGAUUGUGCAUUGGAUUGCAUAUGCCCCGAAAUUGUGUCUUAAAUCGAUGCGUGCUUGCGAUGCAUCUUUCCAUAGGGAGAGACGGAGCCGCGUAAGGGAUGCUGCGCACGGGGGGGAUCGUUAUUUGACAUGCACUGACAUUUCAAAUAAACCAUUUGAACCGUGCACAUCUCUUGCAUUUCGACUCUGCUCUUGAUGCACAGCGUGAUUGAACGCAUGCUUUUUGUCUUCCGGCGAUGGCAGCGUAAGCAUCAUCUCCGUAGGCUGGUCUGACACAUUUAUAAACGUUUAUAAUGGGGGUCAAUAAAAGAACCCGAGGCGGUGGGAUUUGAUCGCAACCUCUAUCAACCUCAAAACAGUUGUCGUUACUUAUACAUCAUAUACACAUACAUCGUCAUAUAGCACGCGUACCUUGAUCAGCUGUUAGGUUUCCAAAAACUGCGGUGCACGGUUUGUGUGUGUGUGUGUGUGUGUGUGUGUGUGUGUGUGUGUGUGUGGUGCUGAACGGACAGCUCCCACCACCACAGCGGGGUCAUCUCCCCUCUCUAGAUGGAUCAAUAUUAGGGGUCUGACGGUGUCGCACUCUGGCUUUAAUGGCUGUGGCACGCAAGAUCAAAACUCUGCUGACGGUUAACAUUCUGGUGUUCGUCGGGAUCAUCUUGUUCUCGGUCUACUGCAGGAUCCAGGACCGAUCCGAAGAGCUCGUCCAGAUCGGGAGGCUGUCGGACCAGAGGCUGCGAGGCAGGAAUGCCAAAGUUACGAACUCCAUGGACAGACAGUCUAUUCUCAAAAGGCUCGAGCGACUGGAAGAUGUGGUUUAUAACCAGUUAAAUGGUCUGGCCAAGCCCAUGGGUCUGGUCGAGGGUCCUGGAGGUCUCGGACAGGGUGGAGCAGCGGCCACACUGGGGGAAAACAGCCGAGAGGCCGAAGGGAGAUAUGAGGAGUAUGGCUACAAUGCCCAACUCAGUGAUCGCAUAUCCCUGGACAGGAACAUUCCGGACUACAGACCGAAAAAGUGUAAGCAGAUGACCUACCCAGAAGACCUACCUCAGAUCUCUGUGGUCUUCAUCUUUGUGAACGAAGCUCUCUCUGUCAUCCUGCGUUCUGUACACAGCGUGGUCAACCACACCCCAGCACACAUGCUUAAAGAAAUUAUACUGGUUGACGACAACAGUGACAGUGUGGAGCUGAAGUUCAAUCUGGAUCAUUAUGUGAACAAGCGAUAUCCCGGUCUGGUGAAGAUCGUGAGGAACAGUAAGCGUGAGGGGCUCAUUCGGGCCAGGAUUCACGGCUGGAAUGCCGCCACUGCUCCUGUUGUGGGCUUCUUUGACGCCCACGUGGAGUUUAACACAGGCUGGGCUGAACCUAUCCUCACCAGAGUGAAAGAAGAUCACACUAGGAUAAUCCUACCUGCAAUAGACAACAUCAAGUACAACACAUUUGAGGUGCAGCAAUAUGCUAAUGCAGCUCACGGCUACAAUUGGGGCCUCUGGUGCAUGUACAUCAUCCCACCACAGGAUUGGCUGGACAAAGGAGAUGAGACUGCCCCCAUCAGAACACCUGCAAUGAUUGGUUGCUCCUUCGUAGUGGAUCGAGAGUAUUUUGGUGAAAUGGGACUGCUUGACCCAGGCAUGGAGGUGUACGGAGGAGAGAACAUUGAACUUGGUAUGAGGGUGUGGCAAUGUGGCGGCAGUAUGGAGGUUCUUCCAUGUGCUAGGGUUGCGCACAUUGAACGUACAAAGAAACCGUACAACAAUGACAUUGACUACUAUGCCAAGCGGAACGCACUUCGGGCAGCAGAGGUCUGGAUGGAUGAGUUUAAAUCUCAUGUUUACAUGGCCUGGAAUAUCCCCAUGAAUAACCCAGGAGUGGAUUUUGGAGAUGUGUCAGAGCGUGUAGCGCUGAGAAAGAAAAUGAACUGCAGGAGCUUUCGCUGGUACCUCGAGCAUGUCUAUCCUGAGAUGAGAAUCUACAAUAAUACCAUCACUUAUGGAGAGGUGCGAAACAGUAAAGCCAGUGGGUACUGUCUUGACCAGGGUUCAGAGGACGAUGACAGGGCGAUACUCUACCCAUGUCAUGGCAUGUCCUCACAGCUGGCUAGGUACACUACUGAGGGCUUACUACAGUUAGGGCCCCUGGGGUCAACCAAUUUUCUUCCUGACACGAAAUGCCUGGUGGAUGAUGGGAGGGGAAGGACGCCAAGCUUAAAAAAAUGUGAUGUUGUUUCCAGGUCCUCACAGAGACUUUGGGAUUUUACUCAGAAUGGCCCCAUCAUAAGUCGAGACACAGGGCGCUGUUUGGAGGUUGAAAUGUCCAAAGAUGCAAACUUUGGCCUGCGGCUGGUUGUCCAGCGAUGCUCAGGGCAGAAGUGGAUGAUUCGGAACUGGAUAAAACACCCCAGACACUGAGGAACAUCUGACCUGAAAAAUAAACUCCCUGUAUUGGAGACAAAAACCCGGAGUCUGGGGUUUAGAGAAGAGAGUGAGCCUGAAGACCUCACAUGAGGGAUGUGAAUAGCUCCAGUAUCCUCUUUCAGGGUAAAACACAUCAAGAGAGAUGUCUAAAGGGGAAAUUUUAUCUGUAGACACAUUUACUGCAGAGCAAAGGGGCUACUUCUAAAGGCCAUCUUCACAGGAAAAUAUGAAAAUUUUAAAUGCUUGUAGAAAGUUAUUUACAAGCCCAAUGUACAGGCUCCCAGAAUUUCACAGUUUUCUUGUUUUGGAGAGCAGAAAUUUGAUGAGCUGUCUUAGUGAAUCGCAGUGAGGACUAUAAAAAAAAACUUGCAGAUAAACAAAGAGGGAGGAAUCUAAAGUUGCAAAAUUGUAUUUCUUAUCAAAUACCAUAUAAACACUUUUUUUGUUCAGGCUUUGAAUUGCUUUGAAUAAUUAAAUAAUCAUAUUGAAACUUCAAAUGUACAAGUGCUGCAAAAAAAGAAAGUAGUUUAGAUUUAGAUUUUACACCGCUACAGUAGUUCCAGCUUGUUCUGUAUUUUCUUUCCUUGAUUUACAGACUUACUUGCUAAUUCACAUGAAAUAAAAAAAAAAACAUGUGUUCAUUCAAGAACUCAUGUGCCUUUAUCCAUCUUUAUGCCAUCAGACCAGGGAAUGUUCAUCCCUAAGCAUGUACAAAAUAUUUGAUUUUAAAUUAAUUAAAAUAUGAAUAUAAUAUUAAGAGGUUGUAUUAUAGAAACAUGUUGUAAAAUACUCAAAACACGAUAAUCCAGGAGAAUCAAAAAAUAAA